AAAAAAAUAAUCCCAAAUCGUUACUAUUAUUAUUUUUCAAAAAAAAAAAAUUACUUUGAAUCUCGAUCGAAACUUCACAAUGAGACUAUCAUCAUCGACAUUUUCUCUUGUUGUUAUUAUGAUUAUUUCGUUGUUGUUAUCGCGGCCAUAUUCAUCGGAUGGUGCAGUUAAGUGCAAAGAAAUAGCUCAACGUAUUAAACCUUGCAUAGAUUGGAUGUCAAUUGGGUACAAAAGUACUGGCAUUGUUCCAAAGACUUGUUGCAAUGAAAUGUUUAGACUUAAUGGCAUGGGAGUAAACCGUGAAGCAGAAUUAGCAAUUUGUGAAUGUUUUAAAUCUGAAAUGCAAGAUUUGAACAUCGACGAUAAAGUAUCUAUAUCAAUUUCUGGACGUUGUGGAGUCCUAUUGCCCUUCCCUAUCGUCCCAAACGUCAAUUGUUCCGAGAUAUGAGUCUUGGAGUGGUCGAUUCGGAAUCUUUCGUGACGAGAACUUAUUUAUUAUGAAAAACUAACAUGCAUAGUAUAUAGCUUGAUUUGUUUAGGAUAUAUGAUUACUAGGCAAUUACUAUCACAAAAAUCGAAACUAAAUGAGAAGGAUUAUAAUAUAUAUUGAGCUUCACAUAAACAUGCAAUAAUUUGGCUUGAA